UUCUUUUUUUUUUUCAGGGGAGAUGAAAUCCUAAGGAAAUGAGUGGGAUCACGCUCUGUGUUUCUAAGUAGCUUGGCUAAUAUCGACAAACUGAUUUUCAAAACGAGACGCCAGUAGUGAGGACCCAUCGUCUGAUACUAAAAACGGCUGUGGUGAGCGACGGCUAAGGGGGGAAAUAGGGAAAGCGACCGUCGUUAGGUCAAAAUGUCGAUUCAGUACGAGGUGGAACAGCUGGCUGACAGCUAUGGGGUUACGGACUCGUUCCCCAAAGAUUUCGGUUAUGGUGAGGAGGAGGCCGACAUUGAGGACAGCCCGGCUCCAUCCGAUAGCAAACCAAGAAUCCUGCUAAUGGGUUUGAGACGAAGUGGCAAAUCAUCGAUACAAAAGGUGGUGUUCCACAAAAUGUCUCCCAAUGAGACCUUGUUUCUGGAGAGCACCAACAAGAUCUACAAGGACGACAUCUCCAGCAGCUCCUUUGUCAACUUUCAGAUCUGGGACUUCCCCGGCCAAGUGGACUUUUUUGACCCCACCUUUGACUAUGAGAUGAUUUUCAGAGGAACAGGGGCUCUGAUUUUUGUCAUUGAUGCUCAGGAUGAUUAUGUGGAGGCUCUGGGCAGGCUCCAUCUCACUGUGUCUCGGGCCUACAGGGUCAAUCCAGAGAUAAACUUCGAGGUGUUUAUCCAUAAAGUGGACGGCUUGUCGGAUGAUCACAAGAUCGAAACACAAAGAGACAUUCAUCAAAGAGCCAAUGAUGAUCUGGCAGAUGCAAGUUUAGAGAAGCUGCAUCUUAGCUUUUACUUGACAAGUAUCUAUGACCACUCCAUCUUUGAGGCCUUCAGCAAAGUGGUGCAGAAGCUCAUCCCACAGCUCCCCACCUUGGAGAACCUCUUAAAUAUUUUCAUUUCUAAUUCAGGGAUUGAGAAGGCCUUUCUGUUUGAUGUGGUCAGUAAAAUCUACAUUGCCACAGACAGCUCGCCUGUAGACAUGCAGUCUUACGAACUGUGCUGUGAUAUGAUUGAUGUGGUUAUCGACGUCUCCUGCAUAUAUGGUCUGAGGGAGGAUGGCAGCGGUAGUGCCUACGACAAGGAGUCCAUGGCCAUCAUCAAGCUCAACAACACCACUGUGCUAUACCUCAAAGAGGUCACCAAGUUCCUGGCUCUUGUUUGCAUCCUGCGAGAAGAGAGCUUUGAGCGCAAAGGAUUAAUAGACUACAACUUCCACUGUUUCCGGAAGGCCAUCCAUGAAGUGUUUGAGGUGGGCGUUUCCACUCAGCGACCAUUAGGCCCACAGGCAGUGGGUUCGCCCAGCAACAAGGCCGUCGCUCUGAAUGGCACGCCGCGCAACACUGUCUAAACACUGAUGCAAGAUAACAAAAAAGAUGCAAAAAGAGGGUAGAGGAAAGGAAAGAUGGAAAGGAGUUAGGGAGCUUGUUGAGGAGAGACUACUAAGCUGGCGCUCACCAGCGCACCAGUCACAAUCACCUUGCUCCCGACACCUAAAGCACUGAGAGAGGCCUCAAGCCAAGAGAGAGUGGAAGCAGUACUGGAGCACAGAGGGGUCAGGCUAAGACAGAGAGGAAACUCAGACAUCUGUCAAAGGUGAAUGUAAAGCACUGUUGGCUGUGAGGACACUUGGAUAGGAAAACUGUUCCGGAUCAUAUUUUGGAUUUCCUAAAGCAGCUGGAGGCUGUUAUAAUUUGCUGCUGGCUCAAUGUGAGAAAGAAAAACACCUUCUGACCAUUGCUGGACAAACUGUGAUGUCAGGAUCUUGUCUAAUGAUGAACCCGACUACUUCUGUGCUGAAAAAAGAUGGAGGAUGUGAACUGCUCGUCCUAACCCACAGAUGUUCAGAGAUGGCCUUAAGUAGAUAAAGCUUGACUGCAGUGCAAGCUUUCUCUCACCACCACUCACCUCACCCUACCUGAAUGCUGCCCAAAACUCGCUUUUUGGUUCCACUCGUGAAGGGAAAACAAGGGUUUGUGAGCAGACUGAAAAGGGAUUGUGCUGUUCAUCUAACUUGGUUGUGUGUGUGUUUAAGCAUCUGUAUGUAUGAGUGUGUGUUUCAAUGAAAGGUUUUGAUUAGAUCCCAGACUGGGCCCCUUGUCUGCAGUGAAGGAUCUUUACAGAGUGCCCUUCAUCUUGAUAACAGCAGCUUAGCAUAAAAACACUUUUCAAUCAUUGAUGGUAAUUUUUCUGUUUGCUCCAUUGAAAAUCAGACUUUUUAUUGGCUUUAUGAUGGUUCUGAAAAGGAGUUUUGGUACAAAUUUGAACAGUUAUUGUACAAACACUGCCAACUUGAUUAAUCAAAUCCGAGCCACUUAAAAUAUGGCGCAAUUAAAACUAGAGAAAUUUAGAGAUGCAGGACUGAUAAGAGGGCAUUUUGGGCUUCUUAUGUGGACUGAUUGCAACUUGCAUGCAUUUCAACCAACAGUUUCAGACCUGCACAAAAUUGUUUAUCUUAUGUUUUGUGUUUGGUUUGAUCACAGGGGUUCACAAAACCAAAAACACACCCAUUCCAAGCAUGUAUACAUCAGUAUAUUGUUAACUUGUAUUGUUAUCAGCGUAACACUGCUCAUUGUAAUCAAAGAGCGUGCAUAAAAUUAAGUAAAAAAAAAUAAAUAAAAGAUGGAGAAAAAGACCAAACUUAAUUGUUGCUAUAACAGUGAUGUGUACUAUGUCCAUGCCUUUCUUUUCUCUGUUUUUGUCUAUCAGAGCUGAGAUCUGGUUGCAGGGAUGUGUACUACGAAGCAGGAUUAGUGGUUCUGUGAGGUAACCUCAGGUUUAAGUCUGGGUUUGUAAGGCAGCAGAAGCAGUUUAUAACCACCUUAAACCUUUUUGGCUUUACCAAGAUAUCAUUGGAGAGAAAUACUUCUUUAAAACAGAUUGAUUUGUUCUGAGCUUUUCAACCUUUUAUGAUCCUUCCAUACGGUGGAGGAGCAAUAAAUGUAUCACAGUCACCAAAUUGCCUCAUUUUUUUUUUUAAAACAUCCAGCUUAAAUAGUUUUUCACGGUAACUAGAAUUAUUGAACAGUAAGAAACAGUAAUUUUGUAUCCUGGAUGAAAUUAAAAAAUAAAAGGAAAAGGAACACAUGUAGUUCUAUCUUGCUUUGUAUUGAAUGUUGUAUCUAAAACAAUAGGCUUGUAAUGAGUUAUACAGUCUUAAUAUGAGGCAAGUCUAAAAGUGCUUUAACGAUCAGGCAGUGAUAUUGAUAAGCCCUAUAAAUUAUAUUCCCCUUGUCAGGCAUUUCCUUUUUGGAAGCCCUACUUCCUGCCUCUGUUUCAGUCGUUUUCAGCCAGUAAUAAAAACAUUUGUUUUCUCCUUUCUUUUGGAUGGUUUCCCCCUCUUUUCUAUUAAGCUCCAGAUCCAGGUUUGAUUGGUCAUCAUUGCCAGCGUCACCCCUUAAAAAUAAAUGUUCCCACAGCCAGAACUGGAAAACCAGGGUUUCACUUGCUGAGUUAGUAACCAGAGCUGUUGGCAAGCUCUUGAUUAGGAGUAGUUAUGCAAGAUAAAAGACCUUCUGGAUAUGUUAAAUCUGCUUUGUAGUACAGCCUCCAGGAACCAGAAUUACCACAUUGUAUAGAUAACUUUCCUGAAUAAAAUGUACAACGUACAUGGGGAGCUUCUUAGUUAAAAGCAAGGCCCAAAAUGUCAAGUUGGUCUUCAACAGUCGCCUAAAAAUAAAGUCACCUCUUCAUUGUUGCACAACCGAACCGAGAUGGAUGAUUGAUUUCAUACAUUGUGAUGCAAUACUGUGUGAAAUAAAUGACUAUUAAACUGUU